AUGUCGUUCUCCCCCGCUGCUCGCACCGAAUCACUGGCGAUUCUCACAUACUUUCUCAACAACACGACACCACAGGAACUGCACUCUCGCUUCAUCAGUGCCCUAUCUGGCCGAUUGAUGUCUCCCGUUCAUCUCGAGAACCUUCUCUCGGCUCUUGAAACACUUGGGAUCGUGACCCCGGUUGUGCGUGCUGCAGCUGAAGAUAAUACGACGAGACACUGUGUACGGUGCCACCGAGUUUAUGUGGAGCGUCAUAACAGCGGCAGAGCAUGUGUCAUCCCGCAUGAUGAAGUGCAACUCUAUACGACAGGAACUGCCGAGAGUGGCAAUGCCGGCGGCGGACCAGGACAAGUUCAAGGUCCUAUUCAUGUUCGCGGCUACCUUCCAUGUUGCAAGGCCCCCCUCGAUCCUAGCCACGCCAGCCACCUCCCAGCGGGUAAUCACUUUGUCGGCCGACAUACGACGAUGGUGGCGAAUGUGGCUUACAAUGCCACUAACAUCAAGACGUGUACGCAAAAGGGUUGUGGCGGAGCUCAAGAAUAA